AUGGCGAGCAUGAAGCAGAAGGCGGGCGACAUGAUGUCCGCGGCGAAGGAGAAGAUGUCCGAAGUCAGCGCGAAAACCGGCGAAGCCGUCGCUAAGGGCAAAGCUGAAGUCCAGGAGAGCAUUGACAAGGCGCGGCAUCCGGGGAGCCGGGAGGCGCGCGCGGUUGCGGACGCGAAGGAGGCGCAGCGGAAGGAGCGCGCGGAACUGGAGAAGGAGCGCAAGAUCGCGGGCGCGAUGGAGAGGGAAGCCGCGGAGAAGGAGGCGCGCCACGAGAAGCACGGUGUGAUGGGCGCUGGCACUGGUACAGGUCACGAUCCUGGCACGGGGUAUGGCGCUGAGAGGAGAGGGGGAGAUUAUGGCGCAAGGGCGGAGCAUGGGUAUGGCAUCACUGGCAUGACUGGGCAUGGCGCUGGUGUCAUUUCGGAUCCCACCCAUGGUGCUACCACUGGUCAUGGCUCUACCACGGGUCACGGCACAGGGCAUAUGGGCACCACUGGUGCCGCGCAGGUGGGCCACAGCACAGAGGGCACGGGACUUGGUGGGACUGCCAGUGGUACUGAUACCACUGGUGGAACUACUGGUCGCAGGCAUGUGUUUCAAUCAUGGCUGCAUGAUAACCGUGCCGCUGGCGGUGGUGUCCGCUGGCGGUGGUGUCCGCUGGCGGUGGUGUCCGCUGGCGGUGGUGGCCGCUGGCGGUGGUGGCCGCUGGCGGUGGUGGCCGCUGGCGGUGGUGGCCGCUGGCGGUGGUGGCCGCUGGCGGUGGUGGCCGCUGGCGGUGGUGGCCGCUGGCGGUGGUGGCCGCUGGCGGUGGUGGCCGCUGGCGGUGGUGGCCGCUGGCGGUGGUGGCCGCUGGCGGUGGUGCCCGCUGGCGGUGGUACCGUAUCCCCUUCCAGCUAG